AUGUUGAUAGUGCAAUGUGCACUAAUUGUAGCCAUUUGGGGGCCAUUUGGCGGGUUUGGGAUACAACCAUGGGAUCGGCACUUUGGAACUGAAAUUAAUCUCUUAGAAACUAGUAAGCACCCUGUCUAUGAUCGCAAAACUAGACGUCUUGUCAAUGCUGUUAAGCAGAAACUAGAUUCAAAUGAAAGGCUUAUAGUAUUGUCCUGUGUCAAGCAAUGUUACCAUGCCCAAACUCAGAUUCCUCAAUGGAUUCGCGAGUUCUCGGAACAGAAUAAUGAAACUACAUAUGGACGAUCUUUGAGCUAUCAAUUUUAUGGUAGCUGGAGAAAUAAUGGUAUUUUCAACGAUUAUUCUGCGCAGAAUGCUUCUAAACCACAUUUGGUUUAUGUUGUCAGUGGACGGUUGUUUCGAUACGAUAGUAAUUUGGCAAACAAAAGUGAGUUUUUCUCAUUCCUCAAGUCGCAUGAGUUAGGAGGUGCCAAAACUGUGCAAACCUGGGAACAACUGGAAUCAAUUAUAAACUUAGCCGAAUUGUGCCAUGGCGAGAAACAAGUUUUGCUAGUGGCUGAUAACGAUCGGUGCCCAGUGCGUCAUUACGAAUUAAUUGUUCGGGCUUUUGAUGGUAUUGUUAACUAUAGUUUCUAUGAAAUAGAAACGCCAUUGUUGACGGAUAUGUAUAUUGAGUUAUAUACUCGUCUUCCUGAACUUCCAUUUGUUUGUCAACUCAUUUUACUCAUGCAGAAUAGUGGUUACGUAUGGAUAUCAGCCGAUGCUGAUGUUCAUGAGCUAAUCAUCGCCGUUGAAAGUUUACAAAAUCUCAAAUGUGACCGUGGUUCAUCAAGUGACUGGUAUCCCAUUCGAGAGCAGCUAACAGCACUAGAAAGGGAUUAUCUUCGAGAAAAUGAGCAAGCAUCAACUUUGGUAUCAAAACCAAAUUAUAUUUUGGUUGGUGCUACUGGUGGGAUCGCUGUAGUUGCGCUAGCAAUAAGCAUUUUUUGGGGUCUUAAUGGUUCCACUUUUGCACGACAGUAA